UUCCCCCCUUCCCCAGAACCUUUGAUCUUGAAGAUGGUGAGUAGCCAGCCUAAAUACGAUCUAAUACGGGAGGUUGGUCGCGGCAGUUAUGGUGUGGUGUACGAAGCAGUCGUCAGGAAGACCUCUGCACGGGUCGCGGUGAAAAAGAUUCGGUGCCAUGCUCCAGAGAACGUGGAACUAGCUCUGCGUGAGUUCUGGGCACUUAGCAGUAUCAAGAGCCAACAUCCCAACGUCAUUCACCUGGAGGAGUGCAUCUUACAGAAAGAUGAUAUGGUGCAGAAGAUGUCCCAUGGCUCCAGCUCCUCCCUUUAUUUACAGCUUGUAGAGACCUCAUUAAAAGGAGAAAUAGUCUUUGACCCGAGAAGUGCUUAUUACCUGUGGUUUGUGAUGGAUUUCUGUGACGGGGGGGAUAUGAAUGAGUACCUCUUGUCCCGAAAGCCCAACCGCAAGACCAACACCAGUUUCAUGCUUCAGCUCAGCAGCGCGCUGGCGUUCCUGCACAAAAAUCAGAUUAUUCAUCGUGAUCUCAAACCUGACAAUAUUCUGAUAUCUCAGAGCAGGAUGGAUGCUAAUGACUUGGAACCUACCCUGAAAGUAGCUGAUUUUGGGCUGAGCAAAGUUUGUUCAGCUUCAGGACAGAACCCUGAGGAGCCAGUCAACGUAAAUAAGUGUUUUCUAUCAACUGCAUGUGGGACUGAUUUCUAUAUGGCCCCCGAAGUCUGGGAAGGACACUACACCGCCAAAGCAGACAUCUUUGCUUUGGGGAUUAUAAUCUGGGCAAUGUUGGAAAGAAUCACGUUCAUAGAUACAGAAACAAAGAAGGAACUUCUGGGCAGUUACGUCAAGCAGGGGACAGCGAUCGUGCCCGUUGGAGAGGCCCUUCUAGAAAACCCUAAAAUGGAACUGCUCAUCCCUGUCAAGAAGAAAUCCAUGAACGCUCGAAUGAAGCAGCUGAUCAAGGAGAUGUUGGCUGCCAACCCCCAGGACCGACCUGAUGCUUUUGAGCUAGAACUGCGAUUAGUCAACAUAGCUUUUAAAGACAGCAGCUGGGAUACGUGACCUGCCCAGCCACAUCCCUCUUGGUAGAGCUGCUUCUCACCUGACCCAUGGUACAACUUGACAGCAGUAAAAGAAACGAGCCUGAACUCGAACCCACAGGGU